CCCAGAUGCGGUCACACUGUCGCCCGCCGUCAUACCGUUCUUUAUUAUUAUAUAAUUUAACCGAUGUGAAUCGAAACCAAAACAAACGAGCACAAACCCAGUGUGUGAGUAGUUACAAUGGUAACGCGGUGACAAAUGCGCACUUCUCCACACGCCCGAAUUAAAGUUAGGAUAAUAGCAAGAUGAAAGACGAUGGAGCACCAAAUGUUGCGAAAACCACCGACCCACCGCCCCCCAACAACGCUCCAUCUGGAAGUUCCCAUACCCACUCCCCGGAAAUAGGGAUAUCCAGACAUGGGAGUGUAUUUUCGGAUCGAUUCUUCGGGGCCUUCCAGUGGGAGGAGUUCGCCUGCGGGUGCGGGGCAGCCUUCGUCAACAUCGCGGCCACAUAUCCCAUCUACAAGAUGAUCUUCCGCCAAAUGCUGCACGGGGUGCCCAUUACCUCGGCCUUUGCGCAACUGCGCCACGAAGGUCUGGGCUUCCUGUACCGCGGAAUGCUUCCGCCCCUCGCCCAGAAGACCAUCUCCCUGUCCAUCAUGUUCGGCGUGUUUGACGGCACAAGGAGGUACCUCGUCGAGGACUACUCACUUAACGACUACGGGGCCAAGGUAAUCGCAGGUGUGGUUGCCGGUAGCGCCGAAUCCAUCCUCCUGCCCUUCGAACGUGUUCAAACCCUUCUAGCGGACUCCAAGUUCCACCAGCACUUCUCCAAUACACCGAACGCAUUCAGGUAUGUGGUAACCCACUAUGGCUAUCGGGAGCUCUACAGGGGACUUGAACCAGUAUUUUGGCGCAACGGUCUGUCCAAUGCGUUGUUCUUCGUGCUGAGAGAGGAGGCCAGCGUUCGUCUGCCCAAGAGAAAAUCCGUAUCCACUCGGACAGCACAGGAGUUCAUAGCGGGAGCAGUAAUCGGGGCGAGCAUAAGCACAAUCUUCUAUCCGCUAAACGUGAUUAAGGUGUCGCUGCAGAGUGACAUGGGCCAUAAGUCAGAGGGCAGCUGGCAGGCGUGCAAGCGAAUUUAUGUAGAGCGCGAUUGCCGCAUAGCCAAUUUCUAUCGCGGAUGCGCCUUUAACACGGGACGCUCUUUCAUCAGCUGGGGAAUCAUGAACACAGCAUACGAAAACCUCAAGAAGCUGAUGCAUCAGCAGCCAAAGAUGCCACUGGCCUCGGAGUAAAUGAGGCGUUCCUGGAGUAAAUCUAGAUUAAACUUAGCUGAAUGUACACAAACGGUUACUUCUGCCUUUUUAGCUAGCCAAUUAUUUCUUUCUGUUUAAGUCUCGUUUAAGUCGCUUGUGUUGAUAUGCUGAAUUCUAGGUGUUAAUGUACAUACAUUCACACAUCCUAAGCGGAGGUCUCCUCCUCCUCCUCCUCCUCAUAUCUGUAUAUCUAUUCAGUUCGCCCCGCGGAUGCCAAAGUUUUGUAUGGCUUGGCGCAAGUACAAUUCAACGUGAGCAUUUAAAGGUACGCAAUCUACGAGUUACGGUUUAGUUAGCUACUAUACGAAUAUGUGUAAAUAAUACUAGAUGAUGUACAAUAUAAUAGAAGUGUGUUGUUUGUUCGCCAAUGACUUUGUGAUUCAUUGAAGUUACUAAAACUGAUUAAUUUACGCUGUAAAUUCGAUAUUCUUAAACGGAAAUAAAAGUGUAUUUGUAAUUACGAAGUUUAAGCAUA